AUGAUGAUGAUGAUGAUGAUGAUGAUGAUGAUGAUGAUGAUGAUGAUGAUGAUGAUGAUGAUGAUGAUGAUGAUGAUGAUGAUGAUGAUGAUGAUGAUGAUGAUGAUGAUGAUGAUGAUGAUGAUGAUGAUGAUGAUGAUGAUGAUGAUGAUGAUGAUGAUGAUGAUGAUGAUGAUGAUGAUGAUGAUGAUGAUGAUGAUGAUGAUGAUGAUGAUGAUGAUGAUGAUGAUGAUGAUGAUGAUGAUGAUGAUGAUGAUGAUGAUGAUGAUGAUGAUGAUGAUGAUGAUGAUGAUGAUGAUGAUGAUGAUGAUGAUGAUGAUGAUGAUGAUGAUGAUGAUGAUGAUGAUGAUGAUGAUGAUGAUGAUGAUGAUGAUGAUGAUGAUGAUGAUGAUGAUGAUGAUGAUGAUGAUGAUGAUGAUGAUGAUGAUGAUGAUGAUGAUGAUGAUGAUGAUGAUGAUGAUGAUGAUGAUGAUGAUGAUGAUGAUGAUGAUGAUGAUGAUGAUGAUGAUGAUGAUGAUGAUGAUGAUGAUGAUGAUGAUGAUGAUGAUGAUGAUGAUGAUGAUGAUGAUGAUGAUGAUGAUGAUGAUGAUGAUGAUGAUGAUGAUGAUGAUGAUGAUGAUGAUGAUGAUGAUGAUGAUGAUGAUGAUGAUGAUGAUGAUGAUGAUGAUGAUGAUGAUGAUGAUGAUGAUGAUGAUGAUGAUGAUGAUGAUGAUGAUGAUGAUGAUGAUGAUGAUGAUGAUGAUGAUGAUGAUGAUGAUGAUGAUGAUGAUGAUGAUGAUGAUGAUGAUGAUGAUGAUGAUGAUGAUGAUGAUGAUGAUGAUGAUGAUGAUGAUGAUGAUGAUGAUGAUGAUGAUGAUGAUGAUGAUGAUGAUGAUGAUGAUGAUGAUGAUGAUGAUGAUGAUGAUGAUGAUGAUGAUGAUGAUGAUGAUGAUGAUGAUGAUGAUGAUGAUGAUGAUGAUGAUGAUGAUGAUGAUGAUGAUGAUGAUGAUGAUGAUGAUGAUGAUGAUGAUGAUGAUGAUGAUGAUGAUGAUGAUGAUGAUGAUGAUGAUGAUGAUGAUGAUGAUGAUGAUGAUGAUGAUGAUGAUGAUGAUGAUGAUGAUGAUGAUGAUGAUGAUGAUGAUGAUGAUGAUGAUGAUGAUGAUGAUGAUGAUGAUGAUGAUGAUGAUGAUGAUGAUGAUGAUGAUGAUGAUGAUGAUGAUGAUGAUGAUGAUGAUGAUGAUGAUGAUGAUGAUGAUGAUGAUGAUGAUGAUGAUGAUGAUGAUGAUGAUGAUGAUGAUGAUGAUGAUGAUGAUGAUGAUGAUGAUGAUGAUGAUGAUGAUGAUGAUGAUGAUGAUGAUGAUGAUGAUGAUGAUGAUGAUGAUGAUGAUGAUGAUGAUGAUGAUGAUGAUGAUGAUGAUGAUGAUGAUGAUGAUGAUGAUGAUGAUGAUGAUGAUGAUGAUGAUGAUGAUGAUGAUGAUGAUGAUGAUGAUGAUGAUGAUGAUGAUGAUGAUGAUGAUGAUGAUGAUGAUGAUGAUGAUGAUGAUGAUGAUGAUGAUGAUGAUGAUGAUGAUGAUGAUGAUGAUGAUGAUGAUGAUGAUGAUGAUGAUGAUGAUGAUGAUGAUGAUGAUGAUGAUGAUGAUGAUGAUGAUGAUGAUGAUGAUGAUGAUGAUGAUGAUGAUGAUGAUGAUGAUGAUGAUGAUGAUGAUGAUGAUGAUGAUGAUGAUGAUGAUGAUGAUGAUGAUGAUGAUGAUGAUGAUGAUGAUGAUGAUGAUGAUGAUGAUGAUGAUGAUGAUGAUGAUGAUGAUGAUGAUGAUGAUGAUGAUGAUGAUGAUGAUGAUGAUGAUGAUGAUGAUGAUGAUGAUGAUGAUGAUGAUGAUGAUGAUGAUGAUGAUGAUGAUGAUGAUGAUGAUGAUGAUGAUGAUGAUGAUGAUGAUGAUGAUGAUGAUGAUGAUGAUGAUGAUGAUGAUGAUGAUGAUGAUGAUGAUGAUGAUGAUGAUGAUGAUGAUGAUGAUGAUGAUGAUGAUGAUGAUGAUGAUGAUGAUGAUGAUGAUGAUGAUGAUGAUGAUGAUGAUGAUGAUGAUGAUGAUGAUGAUGAUGAUGAUGAUGAUGAUGAUGAUGAUGAUGAUGAUGAUGAUGAUGAUGAUGAUGAUGAUGAUGAUGAUGAUGAUGAUGAUGAUGAUGAUGAUGAUGAUGAUGAUGAUGAUGAUGAUGAUGAUGAUGAUGAUGAUGAUGAUGAUGAUGAUGAUGAUGAUGAUGAUGAUGAUGAUGAUGAUGAUGAUGAUGAUGAUGAUGAUGAUGAUGAUGAUGAUGAUGAUGAUGAUGAUGAUGAUGAUGAUGAUGAUGAUGAUGAUGAUGAUGAUGAUGAUGAUGAUGAUGAUGAUGAUGAUGAUGAUGAUGAUGAUGAUGAUGAUGAUGAUGAUGAUGAUGAUGAUGAUGAUGAUGAUGAUGAUGAUGAUGAUGAUGAUGGAUGA